AUGGCAGAAGUCAGGGUUUUUCCACGCGAUGGCGUCCAAAAAUUAACUUCGGAUGAUUUGAGCGGAACAAACUCCAAACCGAAUUCUCGAAAUCAUCUAUCAGCUUAUAAUGGGACGCAGGUUUCAACUCUUGCUCAGCGGUUUCGAGAAAACUGGUUAAAGUGUAGUCCAUCAUUCCGUGAUAUGGAUGACUCUUUAACUAAUCUAAAUUGGCUUUUCGAAAUGAACCCCUUUUCACUAGAGUCAGAAAAUUUUGGUGUGAAUAGGAAUAGCAAGUUUGCUAUUGAUCGUUCUUCUUUGCUAACCAAUACCAAGAUCUCCUGUCAACCAACUCACCCAUAUGCAGGGAGCUUGUUAGAUCCUCAAGUCAGACUGGACUAUCGAACGAAGUGGACUGGAAAACCUCCAUUCUCAUAUGCUUCACUUAUUUGUUUAGCAAUGAGAGAGUUGGGGAAGCCUAAAGUCACUCUCUCUGAUAUUUACGGUUGGAUCAUGGCUAAUUUUGCCUAUUAUAGGCAUACCGAUUCUAGUUGGCAGAAUUCAGUCCGUCAUAAUCUCUCCCUGAAUAAGUGUUUUGAAAAGGUUCCACGAGAGAAGGGUGAACGUGGUAAGGGUGGUUUCUGGCGAGUGAAUCCGCGACACGCGGAUUGGUUGGAGGCCAAUUUAGCGAAGUGUCGUCGAGCUGCUCCUCCUCCUGGUCCACCGCCUCCUAUUCCCCGUUCCCUUCUUCUCGAAAAACAGCAGGAACAAUCCCAACAGCAUCAUCAAACGACAGAUGGCAUUUACCUCGCAUUUUCAUCACCCAAUGCUACGCAAAACGCAUCUAUCUACCAGACCACGCAGCCGAAUCAAACACACCAAACCUUCAUAUGUUAUCGAUCUAUCAGUGUACCUCCUGACGUCUCGAAUGAAAUUGAGACCGUCACUGUCAAACGAACGGCUUCUGAUGUUGUCUACCAAAACCCACCUCAGCAACAACAGGUACAGCAACCUCAACCACAGCCCCAUGUUAGAAGACGAAAGACUCCACCAUGUUCAAUGUAUUCUUCAGCUGAACCUGAUCUAGUUGAAGUGGAUCCAAAAUCAGAGCCUUCUCCUCAGUCCAAUAUUGGUAAUUACUCUGCCUUUUCAAACCGCAAACGAUUGGCCUUGACAGCUCGCCAAAGAGUUCCUCAAAUGUGGUCUCAAUCUGGCGGAUGUAGAAGGAGCGAAGACAAUUCAUUUUCUGAGCAGAGAUCUUGGAGAAUGGACUCGAAUCUGAAUUAUGGUGUUCGAAAAAGACGGGAUGCAGAAAUAGAAAACAGUGACCUUUACUGCCAUUCUUCAACUAAAAGGCACCACAAUCAGCAGCAUUCAUACUCUUACAGCAAUAGUGCUUCCAAUUAUAGCUAUUCAACUACCUCAGAUUGUUCUAAGCCCCGCGUUGAAACCCAAUUGAGACAUCACUCACAAGCACCUACAGAAGAUCAUUCUUCGCCAAUUUUAUCUGAACACAUUAGUCUGCCGUGUUUGGACUCUUUGCCAAGUAUUGCUGAAGAGUCGGAUAUCAUGGAUACUAGUAAUGACCCAUGGAAGGAAGAUUUAUUUGAUUUUAACGCUUUACCCUGGCAGACGAUAUCAGAUUCUAACAAUGAACAAUCAAACCUUACUGUGCAGUGUAAUACACCUGAAGACAGCAAUAAUUCUGCGUCAAAUCGUCACCAAAAUUCUUCCUCAUCUAGUCCAAGUCCUUUGGCUUCUUUCACAUCUUUUGGGCAGUCAGUGGCAAGUUCUAUCACUUCUUCGAACACAGACUCGGGCGUUGCUUCUCUUGUGAACCCCUCAGAUAGUUUAGAUCUGGGUCCGCUUGAUUUAGAUUUCGAUACCGUCUCCUCAACUCUGAAUGACUUGGUCGAAUCAAAUAGCUGUGCUAUACCCCCUAUUGAUGUUGAUUUUGGUGCUGAAUUGAGUGAUUCGAUGCCCAGGUCCCUUGAAACACCUCCCACGUCUGAAAAUCGGGAUUAUGACGAUUCUAACUGGAAUUUUGGUGUUGGCGAAGGAGGAUUUUUUGAAAGUGGUCUAUCCUUAGGUUAA